AUGGACCACCCACCCCGCUCCACCCACGCCGUCGACGACGCCAUGCAGGCCUACUUCCAGCACCCUGCCCAUCAAUGGCCCGAUCCCAUGCGCGUAGACUCCCACCCUGAGGACAUUCCGUGGGACGACGGCGCCUCGAAUUGGUGGCUCCCUCAAGACACUCCCGACCAGUUCGACCACUUUGCCGCUUUCCCCCCUCAACAGAGCGGCCCGUGGUCCGUCGAUCAGUGCCCGCCCGCCGCCUUCGAUUUUCAGGGCGCUCACUUUCACCCGGCUGCCCCCGUGCCCCAGCCCGGCUUCGAGCCCAUCCCGGACUCCGCUCAACUGAUCCCGCAUGACGCCCUCGACGGCCUGUUGAAUCCGCAGCCCUUCAGUCCCCUUGGCUUCGAGCCGAGCUGCUCGGACCAUCAGGGGAAGCAAAGGGUGCGCCAGCGCAUCUCUUCCCCGGCCAAAGCCAUCUUGCAUCAGUGGUUCGAUGACCACAUAGAAGAUCCUUACCUCGAGAGAGAGGAUGUCUCGACGCUAUCUCAAGCCACCGGCCUCACCCCGCGCCAAGUGAGGACUUUUUUUGCGAAUGCGAGAGCCCGGAAACUGCCUGCGCCCUUGCCCGGCCAGCAAUCCCCACCCGCCCUCUCAUCAACCGAUGGCGCCAGAGAGGCCAAGGCGUCUGCCGCUGCGGGCAACAAGCCGAAGCAACGGCACGCCAGCAUCACGCCUUCAGUCAAGCCGGAUCCAGGCGCUCAGCCGAGAACUCAGCAGAGCCCGAUGCAACGUUAUCUCUCCAGCUCUCCCGAAGACGAGGGAGUGUCCGAGGAAGCCCUGCAGCAUGCAGCAGCUUUCUGCGCGCCCCAGUCGUCAGCUCAAGCGAACACGGAGGGCAUUGCCUCCGCGCCACGUAGGAAUCCCGAUGCCUUUUCCGAGGUGGCAAGUAGCAACUCGUCCAAUUCGUCCCAUGCAAGCAUUGAUUCGGUGGUCAACCGCGUACCCCGCCGCGGCCGCAAGCGACAUCGUGGCUCUUUGCGCCGCAGCAGCACAGUGGUUCGUGAACGCAUCGAUCGGAGCAGAAUCUUCCAGUGCACAUUCUGCAACCGCGAUUUCGCCCAGAAAUACGACUGGCGUCGCCACGAGGAGUCCGUACACAUUCCGCAGAAAGAGUGGAUAUGCAUGCCCGAUGGCCCCCUCCGCACCGAUGGCGAUUCUGGAUUCCAGUUCUGUGUCUUUUGCGAGCAGCCAAAUCCGUCUCACGACCAUCUCCAGCGUCACAACCACACGCCAUGCCUGUCGGCCCCGCAGACAUCGCGCACAUUCACGCGCAAAGACAAGCUGAUACAGCACUUGGGUCAGGUCCACAAACAGGCUCAGAUGUCGGCCACGAUGCAAACAUGGUGCCGCCGCGUCUCCCGCAACAUCGCCAUCGCGUGCGGCAUCUGCGGCCUCCGUCUCUGCACCUGGAACGAACGCGUCGAGCACAUCUCCACCCACUUCGUCGACGGCAUCGACAUGCGCUACUGGCUCGGCGCUCCCGGCGGUGUCGCGUCCCUCGCGGCGCCGGCAGCGACGACUGAGCAUCACGCCCAUCACCGCCACGACCCCUCGACCUCGUCGUCGUCGUCGUCCUCCGCCUUGACUCCCCAGCCGCCACCGCCACCGCCACCCACCGUCGUGGACCCCCUCUUCCCAGCCUGCACCAGCCCCCUGCCGCACACCUCCGCCCACGACCCGUCCGGCGCCCGAUCCCACUCGUGCACCGCGUGCGCCCUCCGCUUCCCCCGCUACUCCGACACCGUGUUCCACGAGCGCCAGGCCCACCGCCUGUACAAGCCGCGGCCGCAGCCGACCGAGGACGGCGCCAACAUUGCGAGCCCGCUGCAGCAGCUGCAGCAGCUGCCAUAUGCGGCCAAGUUCGGCAUCGGCGGCCCCAGAGCCACACCACCACCACCUCCUCCUCCUCCUUCUCCGCCUUCUCCGCCUUCGUCUGCCGUCUGGCAGCGUCAUGGGGGAGGAAGAGGCCCGGUGGCGUCGUUGGUGCAGCGACACUAG